GGUGCGCGAGUCGCGCAUGCGCGGCGCGGGAGAGGUCUCGCCAUGGCGGAGGAGGCGGCGGUGCGGGCCCAGGCGGAGACCGUGAGGAAGCUCAAACAGGACAAGGCCGAUCCCGACGAGAUUGCAAAGGAAGUGACAAAGCUGCUGGAGAUGAAGGCACAGCUGGGGGGAGAUGAGGGGAAACAGAAAUUCGUGCUCAAGACCCCAAAGGGCACACGGGAUUUUGGCCCCAAGGAAAUGGCCAUCCGUGAGAGAGCCUUCAAAGCCAUCAUCUCGUGCUUCAAGCGCCACGGAGCCGAAGUCAUCGACACGCCAGUGUUCGAGCUGAAGGAGACACUGAUGGGGAAAUACGGUGAAGACUCGAAGCUCAUCUAUGAUCUAAAAGAUCAGGGAGGAGAGCUGUUGUCCCUGCGCUAUGACCUGACAGUGCCCUUUGCUCGCUACCUGGCCAUGAACAAGAUCACCAACAUCAAGCGCUACCACAUUGCCAAGGUGUACAGGAGGGACAACCCGGCCAUGACCAGGGGCCGCUACCGCGAGUUCUACCAGUGUGACUUUGACAUUGCUGGGCAGUUUGACCCAAUGAUUCCUGAUGCUGAGUGCCUGAAGAUUGUGCAUGAGAUCCUGAGUGACCUGCAGCUUGGGGACUUUGUCAUCAAGGUCAAUGACCGGCGCAUCCUUGACGGGAUGUUCGCAGUUUGUGGGGUCCCAGACAGCAAAUUCCGAACCAUCUGCUCCAGUGUGGACAAACUGGAUAAGAUGCCAUGGGAAGAAGUGAGGAGUGAGAUGGUGGGAGAGAAGGGGCUCUCUCCCGAGGCUGCUGAUCGCAUUGGGGAGUAUGUCCAGCUCCAUGGUGGGCUGGACCUGAUCGAGCGGCUUCUCCAGGACCCAAAGCUAUCCCAGAACAAGCUGGCCAAGGAAGGGCUGGGGGACAUGAAGCUGCUCUUUGAGUACCUGACCCUGUUUGGCAUCACAGAGAAGAUCUCCUUCGACCUGAGCCUGGCACGGGGCCUGGACUAUUACACAGGGGUGAUCUUUGAGGCUGUGCUGCUGCAGCAGGACAAUGAGCACGUGGAGGAGUCGGUCAGCGUUGGGAGCGUGGCUGGAGGCGGCCGCUACGACGGGCUGGUGGGGAUGUUUGAUCCCAAAGGCAGGAAGGUGCCCUGUGUGGGGGUCAGCAUUGGGAUCGAGCGCAUCUUCUCCAUCCUGGAACAGAGAUUGGAGGCCUCUGAGGAGAAGGUCAGGACAACAGAGACACAGGUGCUGGUGGCCUCUGCCCAAAAGAAGCUCCUUGAAGAGCGACUGAAGCUCAUCUCUGAAUUGUGGGAUGCUGGAAUCAAGGCAGAGAUGCUGUACAAGAAGAACCCCAAGCUGCUGAAUCAGCUGCAGUACUGUGAGGACACAGGCAUCCCUCUUGUGGCCAUUGUGGGCGAGCAGGAGCUCAAAGAUGGAGUCGUCAAGCUGCGGAUUGUGGCAACCAGGGAGGAGGUGAAUGUUCGCAGGGAGAGCCUGGUGGAGGAGAUCAGGAUACGAACGAGUCAGUGUUAACCACUUCGAGCACAUCUAUUCCUCUGCUGGAUUCCAGCUGCCAGAUUUCCUUCUGUAAAUGCCUUCACCAGGCUGUGCAGCAGUGGGUGGGCUGUCAAGGUGACUUUGAAAGCUGUAUUUAUUCUUAUCUUAUGCCCUUCCUUCCCUAGUGGGAGCCAAGAGGCUGCACUGACUCCUGUGCCUUGCCCUGGCCCUUGAGAAUGUUUUUGGAAAGAUGUUGUGGAAGUGGCUCUGUCAGAGGCCAGCCACACAUCUGCCACAGUGGCCCAUGGAGCCCCAUCCUGGCAGCAGAUCCCGGGGGUUUGGCUGCAGCUUCUUGUUCCCGUCACUUUGAAUAACCAUCCCACUCCACCUCUCUGCUCUGGCUGCAGGGGGUGACCUUAUCCCCAGCAAAAUGUAAUGGCACUGCUCCCAGAUACAUAAUAAAUCUGUCUGUCCCCUGCUGUGA